UUCAUUCUCAAUUGCUCCAAAUUUUGCUAAACUCCACCUUUAGUAAAGCGCUACUGCGUGUAUAUAGGAAGGCUUAGUACUUCACUGGCGUUUGGUGGCUUCAUUUGGUGCAACGUUCAUCUUUACAAAGGACGUUUGUCUGGUGGCGUUCUAAGAGGUGUAACAUUGGCGUAUGAACAAGGAGCCGAGAUGGUGGACAGACUGAGACUGACAAUCGUGUUGCACGGCCUGGCUCUGCUCUUCUUUGGGCCGGCCAGCGAGGCCUCUUCUCUGGGACUGACGGUCCACGUGGAGCCACUGGAGAGUGAUGGAGGACAUUCGGUGCGGGCUUAUUUCACCGCCAUUGCCUCCACCCCGUGCCCCCCCCUCACUGGGGUGUGCACUGAAGGAGUAAACUGCACCCUUUACAAAUCCCAUGCCCCUGUCAGUGGGUCCAUGCCCACCCCGGGCUGGUGUGUCCGCCAGUGGCAGAAAGUGGUUCCCAGUAACUACAAUGGAACCUUCACUUUGAACGCCACCACUAGUUUUUAUGUGUCCAUGCAUGCGGGGCCACACGUGCGAGCCAAUUCUGGGAAACUCAACCACCCUGCUUUUGUUGCGCUGCCUCCUCCUCUAAGGGCCCAUGCCAACUGCCCUCACCACUUCCCCCUGUCAGUCAAAGACCUGGAUGGAGACAAGGUGCGAUGCCGCUUUGCUCAGGAAGAUCGAGGGGAGUGCUUCAACUGCACCCCACACUCCUUUAUCGAGUUGUAUGAGGAUGCGUGUAAGUUGACGUUUACCGGAGAUGCACCAGCGGGACACUACUCCAUCUACCUGAUGGCAGAGGACUACGUCCCAACUCCUAAGAUAAGCCAAAAGGGCAAGAGCCAACCCCUCAGCUCCGUCCCUGUGCACCUGUCCCUCACUGUGGAGGAGGCGUCUCCCAGUUGCACAAAUGAGGUUUUGGCCACAGGGAAGACCCCCAAAGAACACUAUACGUUUUCUGUCCUGCCAUACGAGGAGGUGAAAUUUGAGGUGGAGUUCAUGUCACAAACACAGAGUGUUUCAGAGAUUGACGUCGUUGGCCAACCUGGGCUCAUCAAGUAUGGCUUCGAUUCAACCGGCGCUGUGUCGCACAUGUCCGUGUCCUGGGUCCGUUCAGAGAACAAUCUGGCCCACCUUCUGCCAGUCUGCUUUGUGGCCAACACCAUGAGUUUGCAGUCGGAGCCCAGAUGCGUGUGGUUGUACCAAAGAGAAAUGAAGACCCUGCCUGCCGGAACAGAGCUGAUGUGUAAUAAGACGGAGAUGACACUGGUCCUUCCUGUUGCAUCACUGAGCAACAUCAACCUGGCUGAACUCCAGCUGAAUAGCGCCUCCUGUCCUGUCACCUACAACGACACUCACCUCACUGCACGCAUCUCCCUGGACGGCUGCGGUACCAAGGCGGUGCAAACUGGCAACGAGCUGGUUUACACCAACACCUUGAAAAGCGUCCGACCUUUCUCCAUGAUCAGUCGCCACCCCUCCCUGAUCCUCCCGCUGGCCUGCCGUAUUCCCGGAAUCCAAGCCAGGGGUCCAAAUUUCAACAUCACGGUUCCCACAACGACCUUCGACAAUGAUGGCAUUUGGAUAGAAUUCCACUUACCAGGAGAGGGGCCGCUGUCAAGGGUCACAAGCAACCCGGUGUACCGUCCUAUUGGUCUUAUACCGAGACGGCUACGGCGGGAAGCAGCACGGGGUCAUCAUAUCCAUUCUCGCCAAGCAGCCGUUGGGUCCAGGCUGGAAAAGCUGGACCUCCAUGUGUUGACCAACACGACUAUGAAUCGAGUUGAAAUGAUUAUGAAAAGCUGCAUGGCAUCCGAGAAGGAAGACAUGGCUGACAGCAGCGUCAUUCUGGAGGAAGGAUGCUCAGCUUCCAACACCACAGUGGAGAUCGUCACAGGACAGAGCAAUGCUUCCAUCUUUCGCAUUGAUUUGUCCUCCCUGAACACACAAGGAACAACGAUGCACUUCCAGUGUGUUGUCCAGCUGUGUGUCACCUUGCUUCCCUCCGACACCUGCGCAACAGGGUGCUCAAGCACCCGGGUGAAGAGAGCUACCGGCAACGCCUUAACCAAGACAUUCACUGUCAAUUCAGGACCUGUAAGUCUCGUGGUCACCACGCCAGCUCCAACCGUGGUCCCCGCUUCUGUGGCGACACAACAAACUGCAGCUGCUACAACUGCUGCAGUCGUAGCCGCGACCUCCAGCGCUCCAAAGCAGACUUCUUCCAUGGCGCUAGGAUUGAUCCUCAUCACCUCUGGCAUGUUUCUUCAGCACAUCUUUUUUCACUAAAGAGGUUUUUGCUGAGCUGCCAGAACGGUCUUUACUGGAAAAUGUUUUAUUCAUCUUUCAUGUUGCUAUCAAAUGAAGGCAUAGAUGCCUGAAAUAUGUUAUUAGAUUCAUACAAUGGAAUGAAAAUAAAUAAUACGUACAUACUGGUGCAUCACAAUAAAUUUCAGAAAAGUUUAUUUCAGUAGUUCAAGCUCUGGCUGCACGGUGAACGAGUUGGCCACACAGCUAGGAGACCCGAGUUCAAUUCCACCCUCGGCCAUCUCUGUGUGGAGUUUGCAUGUUCUCCCCGUGCAUGCGUGGGUUUUCUCCGGGUACUCCGGUUUCCUCCCACAUUCCAAAAACAUGCUAGGUUAAUUGGCCACUCCAAAUUGUCCAUAGGUAUGAAUGUGAGUGUGAAUGGUUGUUUGUCUAUGUGUGCCCUGUGAUUGGCUGGCCACCAGUCCAGGGUGUACCCCGCCUCUCCUCGCCUGAAGACAGCUGUGAUAGGUUCCAGCACACCUGUGACCCUCGUGAGGAUAAGCGGUAUAGAAAAUGGAUGGAUGCAGAGUUCAAACUCUUACAGUAUAUUCUAUAGUUUCACUACACGCAAAGUCAAAUAUUCCAAGAAUAUGUUUCUUCAUUUCUUAAUAAGCUUAGCUGAUGAAAACCCCAAAUUCAGUAUUGCAUAAAAUGUGGAAAAAUUGUCCAAAAGUUGAAUAUUGUAAACAGCCGGUUUGUGCUCUAAUCAGCACAGCACUGAAAAACAGCCUUUAAUAAGUCAUUUCGUCAAAAAUGAACCUGAAAUGAAAUAACUUCAGCACCAUAUUCUAAUUUAUUGAGAUGCCCCUGUAUCAGACUAGAUGGCGCUGUACUGUAACUAAGAAUACAGACCUAUUUAUGCUUAUAUGUACACAGUUCAAGAUGGGUAGUCGGGUUUGUAGAAAGCAGAUAGCUGCUGAUUAUCUUACAUAACAUUUGGGAGAUACAGUGAAGAAAAUAAGUAUUUGAACACCCUGCUAUUUUGCUAUUUCUCCCACUUAGAAAUCAUGGAGGGGU